AUGGCUCCUUCAGAGUUAAACCUCCUUCGACAAAUUGUAGGAAUAAUAGGAAACAUCAUUGCUCUUGGUCUAUUCUUGUCUCCUACGCCAACAUUUGUUGGGAUAGUGAAAAAGAGAUCCGUGGAAGCAUUCUCCCCAAUGCCAUACUUAGCAGCCUUGAUGAAUUAUUUGGUUCGUUUUAUUUAUGCACUUCCUAUGGUGCACCCUAAUAGCGCAUUACUCGCUUUGCUCAGUGGUAUAGGGAUUGUCAUAAAUGUUACUUUCCUAGUUAUAUUCUUCAUGUUUUGUCGCUGCCAAAGAAAACGGCUGGUUAUAACCGCUAUUUUAGCGGCUGAACUCGCCUUUGUAGCUGUCCUUACUACAACGGCUUUGACUCUCCAACACUCAACGUCUGAAAGGACAUUGAGCGUUGGAAUAGCCUCAUGUAUCUUUAACACAUUAAUGUAUGUGUCUCCUCUAUCUGUUAUGAAAAUGGUGAUAGAAACUAAAAGUGUGGAAUUCAUGCCAUUUUGUCUGUCUCUUGCUAAUUUACUUAAUGCUUCCGUUUGGACGGCUUACGGAUUUCUUCCGUGGGAUCCGUACAUGGCGAUACCUAAUGGAAUAGGCUGCCCUCUUGGAUUGGUCCAGUUGAUCCUAUACGGUGUUUACUACAAGUCGACCAAACAAAUGAUGUCGGAAAGGCAGCAAGCAUUAACGAGUGCUUGA